UAUCCACCUGCACAAGCAACCUAUAGCUUGUUGCAAUAUAUAUACAAUCGAUGUCUAUGUAUGGCAUACGUUACAAUAGUUGAAUUGAAGGGGUAGGUAAUAGAAAUAUAGAAUCAAACAAAAAGUGAAAAAGAUGAGUAGAAAACAUGGGCCGUGGUGAAAAAAAAAGAGAGAAUUUUUACCUAUAGAGUAGGCGGACCACACAUGAACAUAUGUAAUCCAUUGGAGCCGCCGGAGACGGACCACGAUCCAACACAUGAUCCACGCGGCGAGUUGUGAUUGGUUUGGGUGAAACGCGUGCUUUUGCUGGUCCCUGUUGAGCUGUGGUCCACGUUUACACUGAGUCGACACGUCGGCAAUUAGGUGGCGUCGCUGUCUUCCUAAUUACUCUCGCCGCCCUUCCCUUCCCUUCCUGUCAACUGUCGCUCUUCUUUUAGAGAGAGAGAGAUAAGUGAAGUGAGCCCCAAAACCUGCUCUUGCGGAUCUUGUAAUUUCUUUUGUGGAAAACUCUUCACUUCUUCUCAGCUCUCACAUAUUUUUUACCUAGCACGACAAUCAGAUAUUUAUACAUAUAUAUGAUUAACUAUUUAUUGUACGUGACAUCGAAAUACUAAGCGUGGCAACUAGCUAGCAACCAACCACCUUUUCUUUUUCAUCAUUUUCAAUUCCGGGCUAGGCAAAUGGUGGAGAAAAUUUGUAUUUUCUUCUUCUAGAAAACUAGACAACGACUCUCUCUCUCUCUAUCUCACACACACAGACACACAUCUUCAUACGGAUCAAGAUAUAGAGAUAGAGCGAUAGAGAUUCCGUUUAAUUCUGAUGAAUAUUGCUGCCGCGCGCUAGCUAGCUAGCUAUAUCCAUGGCGUUUCCCAACCAUUUAUCGCAAGAAAUGGCUCUCCAGCAUUUCGGCGACGAUCACUUGCCGGAUAAUUCAUCAGUUCUCCGGAAUAUCCUCCCCGACGGGAAGCCGACCGACCACCACCAGCGGCCGCCGACCUGGCUCAACAGCGCAAUCCUUCGGCAGCCUAAUCACGCCAAUUUCCUGAAUCUACACACCAACUCCGGCUCAUCCUCGCCGGCUUCCAACAAUCAGUGGCUUUCCCGCUCGAUUCUGCAGCGGAACAAUAACGUGAGCGAGGUGUCGGGCGACUCGAUGAUGGAAUCGGCGGCGGCGGAGUACAACAACAGCAGCAGAAGCGAGAGCGGCGUCGAAGGAGUAGUGAAUUGGCAAAACGGGCGGUACAAGGCGGAGAUUUUGUCUCAUCCGUUGUACGAGCAGCUCCUGUCGGCGCACGUGGCAUGCCUGCGCAUUGCGACGCCGGUGGAUCAGCUGCCCAGGAUCGACGCGCAGCUCGCGCAGUCGCAGCAAGUUGUGCACAAAUACUCCGCCCUCGGCCAUGCCAAUCUCGCCGAUGAUAAAGAACUCGAUCAAUUCAUGACGCAUUAUGUGCUGUUGCUGUGUUCGUUCAAAGACCAACUGCAGCAGCAUGUGCGUGUUCAUGCGAUGGAAGCAGUGAUGGCGUGCUGGGAGAUCGAGCAGUCCUUACAAAGCUUAACUGGAGUUUCACCUGGGGAAGGGACAGGGGCGACGAUGUCCGACGAUGAAGACGAGCAAGUAGAUAGUGAUGCAAACUGCCUGUUUGAAGGAAGCUUAGAUGGCAGUGACAGCAUGGGGGGUUUUGGGCCUUUGAUCCCUACAGAGACUGAAAGAUCACUCAUGGAGCGUGUGCGCCAGGAGCUGAAGCAUGAACUCAAAAAUGGCUACAAGGAGAAGAUUGUGGACAUUAGGGAGGAAAUCUUACGCAAGAGACGAGCAGGAAAGCUUCCUGGCGAUACAACCUCAGUGUUAAAAGCCUGGUGGCAGUCACAUUCUAAGUGGCCAUAUCCCACUGAAGAGGAUAAGGCGCGAUUGGUGCAAGAAACAGGUCUGCAGCUGAAGCAGAUAAAUAACUGGUUCAUCAAUCAAAGGAAGAGGAACUGGCACAGCAAUGCUUCUUCUUCCUCUUCUUCUACUGCCUUGAAAAGCAAACGCAAAAGGGUUUAAACACACGGGAAAAGGUUGAUUGAUGUGGAGAUGCGCGGGAAGGAGGCGUUGUUUUAGUACAAGUUUGUUCCUUUGAAAAUGAUUCAUCAAAUGAAAGCUUGGUAUACACAUCUUGACAGGACAGUUGGCAGUCGAAUAUGCAUCUUUCCCUUUAUGAAUAGUACAGUUUUAUGCAUCUCAACUGGAGAUGUAUGUAAAGUAGUAGCAAUGCAAAGUAGUUGGUAUCUUCUUUGAAUCUUAUCUCGUUUCAGAUGAAAAGUAGCAGAUAAGGUUAAUGAGAGACUAGAUUCUCAGCAUGUUCAACAACAUAUUUAUUUAAAUGUAUAUAUAUGACUUUGGAUUGUGAGACA